UUUUCUUUUGUGUAGACACCUCUGGUCAUUGUUGAAAAUGAAGGAAGAGGAUCACUUGUAUGCAUUUGUGGAUCCUGGCCGCAUCUCUAAUGAAGCUGGAAAGGUUGAGGCAAGAUCAUGUGCGCUAUCACUAAGAUUAGAGUCUGCCCAAUUAGAUCAGUUAAUUCUUGCUCCUUAUAAUACAGGGAAUCAUUGGUUGUUGGCUGCCAUUAACCCGUUUACUGCAUUGGUGUAUUAUUUCGACCCAUUGGGUAAUACUAACAUCAAUCCAGGAAUGAAGAAUAUCGUAGAGCUUGCCAUUAAAAUGUUUAAUGCUCAAAAGGGAAGAAAGAAUCGUAAAAAAGUUCAUUGGGAGGUGGUUAAGUGUCCCAGACAACCUGGAUCGGUGGAGUGUGGAUAUUAUGUCAUGAAAUACAUGAAAGAAAUUAUUGGAACUCCAAGCAGCUCAAUUUUAAAUAUGGUUAGUAAUAAGGUGAAUUAGCUCAGUUUGUUACUGGUUGCAUGUUUUGAUUAGUUGUAGCCCGAUCAUUUUUGUGUACUAGUUGUUUGGAUCAGUUUUAGCUCAAUUCUAAGUGUUGCUUGCAUGCUUUGAUUAAUUGUACCUCAAUUUUGGUCCAACUGGUUGUUUUGAGAUAGUUGUACCUCAUGCUUGUGUACUGCUUACAUGUUAUGAUUAAUUGUGAUUGCUUACUAGCAAGUUGAUUCUUAAUGUGGUCAUAAACUUUUUAUUGUAAUAUUCAUUAUAUAAUAAUGUAAUAAAUAUAUCUAUUGAUCGAUCAUUUCAGUUUGAGGGAAAAGAGACAUACACUCAAGAGGAGAUUGAUGUAGUUCGAGUAGAGUGGGCAGAGCAGGUUGAUGGAUAUAUCCAAGAUGAAGUA